AUGAACUUCCGCCUAAGCCCAAACAGAAAUUCUUACCGACUGCGAGGAAAAAAGAAUUUCCGAAAAUAUACCAACCUGAGUGGACCAGAUGGUGGACACGGAAGGUGGUGGACAGCGGAGUUGGUCCACCAAAAUCAAGUAAUUUCUCGUCCAAGCACUGAAAAAAAUAAUUGUGGGUUACUUCUCAGGCUAUUUGGUCCACCUUUGUCCCACCUGGUCCACCAAAAUCAAGUUAUUUGGUCCACCUUUGUCCCACCUGGUCCACCAUCUGACAUUAAAAUCCUUCCAACAUAUGUGUCUGAGACAAAGGUUAUCAAGUUAAAGCUUAACAUUGACAAAUAA